AUGAGUCUGUUCACGGUGGAGCAGCUCGAGUUGAUCAGACGAUUACGCUUGACAGGUAUCACGCCUGAGGCUGUUCUUGAGGCAUUUCGAGCAUUGGAACAGAUCGAAGCAGAUUUAGAUGCAGCUCGGAUUCAAACGGCAGCUUUAGCAGCACUUAUUGCUCCAGCAACCAAGAUGUUUCACUUCGAUGAUGGCGCUAAUGCAUUUGAAUUGAGUAGUCCAAUCUUACUUCAGCACUUAAGGAAUCAGGUUUAG